AUGCCGUCAUCACCACCUCAUGUCGGUCUCGACCAGGAGCAAGACUCCCCUGGCUCUUCCAGCUUCAACACGCCCAUCUCUUCGCCCUCUGGUCAUCAUACCCCUGUCGCUGGAUACCGCACCGCAACCGCAACCCUCUCCAACGUCUUUGCUUCGCUCUGGGGUACAUACAGUCAACAGCAACAGCAACAGCAACAGCAACAGCAACACGAGAGCGGGCCGUCUAGGCUUCAGCCGCCGCCCACUUUAAAUCGCACUCCUCACCACUCUCCCACCCCUUCCAUCCCCGGCGGUUGGGGCAACUUGCUUAGCUGGGGUCCGGCUGCGGCACGUCAAAAGACAAACAAUCUGCGUAAGUCGGCUUCUCCGACGCGUGCCUCUCCAGCUAAAGUCGGGCGCUCGAGGGCGGCAAUUCCCUUUGGUCCUUUGGCUCCUUUAGAGACCACUAGCGCCGAAAAGGUGCAGUCGGAUCCGAGCGGUAGUACGCUGGCAUCCGAGCAGCCCCAAAGACGAGACCGAACAGUGUCGACAGGCUCAGGCCUCUCACCCACCACCUCACCACGCCGCAGACCACUUGCCGGCAUCUUUGAAGAUCUGCCUGGAUCUGCAGAGCCAUUGUCAUCCGCAUCGCCACCACACACACCCGCUCCACGAUCGCCCUCUUGGUCUCGAUCGCGCGAGUUGCCUCCCACGUCGCCCUCAUUCAAGGACGAAUCUCCAAGCGGAGCGUAUGCGACGCUAUCUAGGCUGCAAUCAAAGCCUUCGGUCAGUAAGCUUCGACCUAGCUCCGGCUUCCUGUGGCCAUCAUCCACAACCACCACUUCUGCCGACCCCAACCCCUCAUCACCCACGCACUCGCGACCAGCGGCCAACUGGACCGAGGCCAUCGCUCGCAUCGAAAAGCUCGACUCGUACGUCCGUCGCAUCGUCUUCCAGGCCGGACUCGACUACGAAACUCGUCCUAUGGUCGUUCUUGCCGCCUGCUGUCUGCCUGAUCCAUCCGAAGUCGACUACGACGCGCUCCUCGACCGCAUCAUGGAUACGCUGGAUCUGUUUGUCGAAAACGACUACACCGUCGUCUACUUUGCUGCUGGCGGACACCACCGUCCUGGUUGGAGCUGGAUCUGGCGCGCCUAUCGUCGACUCGAUCGCCGCUUCCGCAAGAACCUCAAAAAGCUCUACAUCGUCCAUCCCACUCUGUUCACCAAAUCAUUGAUGAGGGUGGUCACUACCGGAUCCUACAUCGUCUCGCCCAAAUUUUCCAAGAAGGUCUCGCAGCUGGAUACGCUGUCCAAGCUGGCCGAGUGCGUACCGCUCACCCAGAUCGACAUCCCGCCCGAGGUGUUGCAGUACAAUGCCAAGUGGGAGGAGCACGUGACAUUGCCUGCGAAACCGAGCGAUGCUGAUGCAGCGACGAGUCAGGGUGGCACAGAAAAGGUGUUUGGUGUGGAUCUGGUCAUGUUGAUGGGAGAGUUCGGAGAGAGCGGUGGCGUGCCGAGGGUGGUGAGGGAUUGUGUCGAGGCGAUCUUGGGUGACUUUGAUGGCAUUCGACCGGUCGAGGUGGAGGGCAUCUUUCGAAGAUCACCGUCGUCGGCACUGCUCAAAACGGCGCAGGAGAGCUACGAUCGAGGCCAUCCGGUCAGCUUGGAACAGUACCGCGAUCCGCACAUGCCGGCAGUGCUGCUCAAGGUGUUCCUGCGAUCGUUGCCGAGACCGAUCUUCCCGGCAAGUCUGUAUGCGUUGAUCCGUGCGUGCCCUGCUCCUCCUCUGGGCUCGGAUCAAGAGACGCAGGCGCUCGAGACGAUUGAUUACCUACGAACGCGACUGCUGCCAUCGAUCGAACCGGCGUGUUCGGGGAUGCUGCUGAGCUACGUGCUCGAGCUGCUGCACAAGGUGUCGCAGCAUCAAGAGACCAACAAGAUGGACGCGGCGAAUUUGGCGACUGUGAUAGCGCCGAAUCUGGUGUCGAGCGGCAAUGCGAUGAAGGACGUUCUCAUGUGUCGGGUCGAAGGACUGGCGUCAAUGGCGAGUGGGACGCCUUCGGCGUCGGUACAGAGCUCGCCGAGAGGUUCGCCAACGAUGCGAAAGUUGUGCGUAUCGGAUACUGCGCAGGGUGGGACAACGUUGGGCUCGAUUCUGAGGUUCUGCAUCGAACGCUACUACGAGAUUUUCGACGAGAUGAGUUUUGGCACACAGCUGAACCGGGUGCAGGAGCUGGUGGACGAUAUCGAUUUGGCCGAGGGCAGUAGGAGUCCUUCCGUGGCGAGUCGCAGGUUGGGAAGCUUGUACGAUAUGCCGUCGGCGUCGGGCUUGGGGUUGGCGAUGCAAAGGAGUGCAGAUUCGGUGAAUUCGGAGCUGGGGCAGGGGCAGGGACAGGCGGCUUCAUUGUGGGGUGGCAAUAUGGACGAGGAGGUGGAUGGUGAUCGGAGGUCGGUCACGACGGGCAGGAGCAUUGCUUCGCGGGACGGAUACCGUGCGCCGAUGGGGUUUGCGAGGGGCACGAUCGCUAGGAAUUCGUCCGGGUCGUUGCGGUUGACCAAGGGCAGGUUGGGGUCUAGUACGAAUUUACGGUCCGGAUUCACACGCGUACAAACGUGUGUAGGCAGACCGACAGCUUCACUCGGUCUCAACGUCUCCGCGGGAGCGCUUGAUACGGACGGCCUCACAUCGCAGCGCAGCGGCGUUGCGCUUACAGGCGCAAACGCGACAGGCCGCUUCAGCUCGGCGUCAUCGCUCUCGGCGUCUCCACUGCUCGCCAGCUCAUCGCACGCGCAACAGCUGCCCGCUUCGCCUUCACUCGCUCCACUCGCCAGCUCAAAACAAAGACGAGACCUCUCCGAGGUGCAAGAGUCGCUGCUCGAUUAG